AUGAAAAAAAUAGAUAAUUAUCAAUUUAAAUUACUUCAUAUAGUCGGAAAAGGUGCCUCAAGUACUGUUUAUUUAGGCGAAAAUACACUUACAGGCGAAAAUGUUGCAAUAAAAGUAAUCGACUUACAAUAAAUAAAAGAUGAAUAUACCUGGAGUUUAAUUAGUCAAGAAAUUUAUAUAAUGCAGAAACUUAAUAAUAAAAACAUAGUGAGAUUAAUAGAUGUAUAUUAAACUCAAAAUAACGCAUAUAUAGUAACUGAAUUAUGCUAGGGAGGUGAUUUAAUUGAAUAUAUGAAAAAAAAUAAGAAUAAAAUUUCCCAAAAGGAGUCACUGAAAAUAAUUGAAAAUAUAAUUUUUGGAUUAGAACAUUUGUUUAUGCAUGGGGUGAUUCAUAGAGAUUUAAAACCCGCUAAUAUAUUAAUAAGCGAAAAUGGAAACAUUUUUAAAAUUUCCGAUUUCGGCUUUGCUAGAAAAAUUGAAAAUGAAGAUUUUUUAAUGAAAUCUUUAGUUGGAACUCCCCUAUAUAUGUCCCCAUAGAUUUUAAAAAGAUAAAAUUAUACAUAUAAAUGCGAUAUUUGGAGUUUAGGUAUAAUUUUCUAUUAAUUAAUUUAUGGCAAAACACCUUGGCCAUCUAAUUCAGUUAUUGAUUUGGUAAAUAAUAUGUUCUAAAUGCCUCUUUUAUUCCCUUAAUAUGGACAAAACGGUGAUUUAAUAGAUGAAAGCGUGAAAGAAUUUAUAAAAGGAUGUUUAUAAUUUGAAGAAAAUGAAAGAUUUUCUUGGGAAGAUAUAAUGAAGAUAAUAAGUUUUGACUGA